UAUUUUGACCCGUCAAAAGCCUCCCUGAAAGACUUACACAUUGUUCAUCAUUUUUCCCUAAGGCGCUCGCAAAAGUUACUGUAAAAAACGGGGAAGCUCCGCCAAAGCUCUACAAAGGUCUACACAGAGUCCCGACACGAAAACUACACAACAGUUGAUACAAAAGGGAUAAUACCGCGCAAGAACAGCGAGAGUAAAAAGCAAUCUGAUGUAGCCCGCGAAGGCCAAAACAAUGUCCGCGCUGAUCCUAUGGGGAAGACUCCGUGACGUGACGUAGGAUCCUGGUUGGGCAAUACCGUUCAGACAUUGUGCAAUAGUUCAUAGCAAGAGCAUCAGGUCACUGCAUGGCCGCCAUGGGCUGACCUGCAGUUGCCAUAGAAAUCACAUUCAACACUUCGAGUUUAUCGUAGAUGCUGCACUCACAAGCAGGUUGGAAGGUAAUGGAUAAUUCAUUUCGGGGGAGCUAAGUUUUUUGAAGCCCUCGUUACCUUGCUGUAGGACGUGUUCCUUCAAGCUGCAGUUUUCAUUCCGUCCCCUCUAGACCAUCCUAGUCCGGUGCCACCAUUUAGUGGCACGGCAUUUUGUCCAAGCAGCCAAGUCGCCUGAAGUUGACAAAGUGCCCGCAGUGUCAAGAGAAAUGAGAAAAGUAAGUUGAAUUCAGGGCUGAGGCAUCCUACGCGACAAAGCUAUCUUGGUUGCCGGCCAAUUUGUUUAGCUCUCAUUUUGGAUUGCCCAAGGUCUUGUUCAUCUUCCUUUCGUGGGCAAAAGUGUUUUCACCUUCGGGGUCCAUGGAGGAAACAUGGUUCCCAAGAGUUGGUUUAAGAGGUAAAGUGGCCAACACUUGCGCAGCUCACAUGUGACAAGCAUUGCCAAUUGCCCAUCUAGCAUUGUUGAACCCUUCCGUGUUGCGAACAUGUUGUUGCAUUCUGGCUGAGUUAAGUCAAUCGCAGGUGCAGAAAAAAAUGAGUGGGAAUGCCACGAAUCCGUUCCGGUUAGUUUUCACGGGAGGCAUCACUUGAAUUCCCUCGAUCGAUGUGAACUUCCAAGCAUCUUCUGCAUUUUCCCGGAGUCAACCUGCUCGGUUCCGGUGGACAGUCCAUGAUGGCCGGCUGUCACAGUCGAGGUCGUCAUUUGUUUGUUGGUAGCAACUCCUUGUGGGGCGUCCCAAAAGGAAACUCAGACAUCAGCUGACAUUGGUGCAUGACAUUGUUUUGUUUAUAGUUCCUUGCUGCUUGGUCACGAGAAAUCAGAACAUAUGAAAACAUAUGGUUCUGUGAAUUCGCUGUUGGGACCAUCUUGUCCGUAGGGAUUGUUCGAAUUCGAGAUGUCAGCUCGAUGUGCACAGUAGACGCUAGUGCCGCUGGGAUUGUGUCGCUCCAAGCCCUAAGGUGUCGUGAGGUGUUGGAGGUGGAUGGAGCUGGAGCAGAUGCUCGGUUGAUGACUGUUAGCUUGCCACCUGGUCCCCUUAAGUCUCAGCAAACGCGUCACUUGGAGCUUAGCGUGCCAUGAAGGCCGCGUUAUGCGGCCGCCUCCAUCGGUUUGGCCACGGCUUGUGCUUUCCGUGGCUGUCAUGAUGUAUGCAUCGUUGUACAGUUGUACAGUACCCAACCUACGGCUGACUCUCGGGGUACAGCCUCUUUUUUGAGCAUCGCGCUGCAACAGCUUUGGAAGUUGUCCGAUGGUGCGCAAUCUUGUUGAGGUUGCCUUUCCAUUUGCUCACAAUUUUAAAUUCUGUGAAGUCUGGGCCUGGAGCAUCUGGAGCGUCUGCACUCGCAUCUGCAUUCCUUGUUCCGAGUUCUUUGCUUCAGCAGUUGUGAGCUCUUGGUCCAUCGUUGAUGCUGUUGGACUCCCGCUGCUCAGGGCGCGAGACCCGGGAAGAGACGACAGCGACACUUGCAUCAUCAACGCUGAAACCUUGGUACUUCCUCCGCGGCCAAAUGUGAAGUUUCGCAUAGCACAGCCAUGGUGCCAUUUGAACCCCAACGUCGUGAACAAGGUUCGAUCCCACGACAUUUGACCAGUGCCAUUUGAUCGAUGUUAGAGCUAUCAAAGUGGUCGAAUUUGUUCCGAUUUGCAACCUCAACAAUCCGACAGCACUGUACACAUUUGCUUUGACUGAGUGUGAGGCCUUUCCUCAAGGGAAAGCUGAUGGCUAGCUAAUCAGGUCGCACACAUGUUUUUUGGGGUGUCAAAAUGUUGCUCCAAGGGACUCCCAAUGAUUUUUAAAUUUUGGUCGCCAACACAGUUGGCUUGAGAUGCAAUUCAACAUGUUGGCUUGAGAUGCAAUUCAACAUGUUGACUGUAGC